GUUCACGACCCUCCUGAGCCGGUAAGUGUUGAAAUCCACAGCAGAGGGAAAAGGUCGUGACGACGCAUUGGGGCACAGAAACGACUAUCAAGUACGUAGCCAGCAGUUCUCCUCAGCGGUGCCCACCUGUACGGUAUCAGCGAGUGAGGAGAAGCAGGCCACCGGAACGGUCAGACUACCGAGAUGAAUAACCCUAAAGCAAAGGACUUUCAACGACCGCAAUGAAGUCGAACAAAAUUAUCUCUCACUUUCUGGUAUUUUAUUUUUAAUGUCAGGAGUGCGCUCCAGUACCUGAGAACAAUGUCUUUUUUGAUGAAAAAGAAGAAGUUCAAGUUUCAAGUGCAUUUUACAUUAGAGGAGCUUAUGGCAGUGCCUUUUGUCAACGGAGUGCUUUUCUGUAAGAUCCGGUUGAUCGAUGGUGGGGACUUUGCCAUUCUGUCAUCCAGGGAGGAGGUGCAACAGAACUGUGUCCGAUGGGGGAAGAAGUUCUCUUUUGUGUGUAAAAUGAGCGCCAAUCCAGUAACCGGCAUAUUGGAACCCUGCAUCUGUAGGGUCUCUGUACGCAAGGAGCUGAAAGGAGGAAAAACCUUUUCAAAGCUGGGUUUUGCUGAUCUGAACAUUGCAGAAUUUGCGGGCUCCGGUUCUACAGUUCGCUGCUGCAUCCUGGAGGGCUAUGAUACAAAAAAUACCCGCCAGGACAACUCAAUUCUCAAGGUGACAAUUGGGAUGGCACUUCUGUCUGGGGAUCCAUGCUUUAAAAUGCCUCCCAGCACAGCAAAAUCUGUCUCUGUCAGAGAUGAGGAUCCUAACCUGCAGCUUGACUGUAAGGGUGAUGAUUGCACUGACGUCAAAAUACAACCACUCAGCACAAUUGUGGAGGGACAUUGCGCCCAUAAACCAAGACAGACAUCGAUUCGCAGCACAGGCCAGCAUGGUGAGAGGGUUAACGUCACCAACCAAGAUGAUAUCUUUCACACUGGUCAUUUCCGCAACUCCAGCUUUGCCAGCCAGCAUAGCAAGAUAUCAGGUUACAGCACAGGUCACUCGCGCUCCUCCAGCCUGACUGAUCUCAGUCACCAACGAAACACCUCCUCCAGCAGCAACGCCUCAUGUGGUUGUGUGCACCCGCAUCCAACACAACCGCAUCAGCAAGGAAUUCCCACCAAACCGGAGAGACCCCCACUCCCCUCCGUGGCUACCAUCAUGUCUAAUAGAUCAUCCAGAAGGAAGAACGGCAUGAUGGAGAGACAACAUAGCUGUGUGGACGAUACCCGCAUUGAUGCUGAUGACAUUGUGGAAAAGAUUGUUCAGAGCCAGAAUUUUUCGGACCGCAGCAACAAUGAAGACAGCAACUUGAAAUUGUUUGUCAGCAAAGAUGGGACCACGACCCUUAGUGGGGUGCAGCUCACCAACAGAGUAACACCAGGUGUCUUUGAAGCUGUGGUCAUUGAGACACAUUAAACGAUGCAACAUCCCGUGUGCUGCAAGACAAGCUGGAUUCUCAAACUUCUGAAUGUAGGGGGGAUUGUGUACAAGCGUGUACAAGACUGCCUUCAAGGACACACCACUUUUAGACUACUAUGAUAUAUCGACAGUGCUAUAUGUUGUUGCCUUUCAUGCAGUCAGUGCAGGUUUGAAUCUCUGACGGUGCCUGUCCCAAGACUUGGAUGAAAAAUGGGUGGGUUGCAUCAGGGAUGGAAUCCGGCGUUAAAAACUCUUGACUCAUGAUGACUGAACAACUCUGAUAGAUGGAACGGCAGCAUAAAUGAUGUAGUGGCGACAGAAGUGUACUCUAAAUGUAAAGCCCAAGUUGGCGCAUAGAGAAAGAUAAAUGAGCACAUCAGCCUGAGGAGCCUUGUGGAAUGUCAGAGUUACUGUAUCACAUUUAUAUCAAAUAACCAAAUUUGACGUUGGAAUAUAUUUCACUCAUUUAAUACUGCUUGUGCAAAAUAACUAAAAUCAAAUGUAGCCGUUGUUUCAAAUUGACAGUGUAUUUAAGCAUUUUGCUAGAACAUAAUUUUGUCAGUCAUAAUUUUCUCACUGAUUUUUUUUUCCCAAUGACUUCAAAAUCAACAAAUGACUUGAACGCCUGACUCAGUAGAACACUGAAGAAAUUAUGUUUUUUCAGUCCUCCGGGAGUUUGUACACGCAUACGAUUUCUAUGUACAGUAAAUUGCACUUCUUUCUCAUUAGGAAAAAAAAAGGCAAUCUUAUCACAUUCAGGCGAUAAAAGGAACAUAUAAAUUGAAUUCUAUAUAAGGAAUUAAAAGCAA